UAACACUUUAAUUAUUUUAACUAUAAAAUAUAAAGUUCACAUAACAUUACCAAGUCUUUAUAUGAGAAUAUAAAACGUAAUAAUAGUUAAACGAUAAUAAUAAAUUUCUUAGCAAGACAUCUGUAAUAAUUUGUUCUUACUUAAAUAAGAAAGUGAAAUGUCCGAAAAACACUUUAUUAGUAAAAAGAAAAAGAGAGAAAACGAAAGAAUAAGAAGAGAAUUGGAAUCUGAAGGUAUGAAACAGUUAAGACUUAGACAAUAUGAAUUAGCCCUUCCAAGUUUCAACAAGGCUUUACAAUUAGUUCCGAAAAAUGUGAAAUGUUUAACUUAUCGCUCGAAAUGUCAUCUUUUAUUGGGAAUAAAUGAAGAAGCUCUGAAAGAUAUCGAAGAAGCUAUGAAAAAUGAUCCUAAUAACAUCGAUUCGAUUAAGCAAAUAGCCGAAACUCUUUAUUUGCUCGGCGAUUUCGAACAUGCUCUGGUGUAUUUUCAACGUGGUUAUCAAUUGAGAUCAAAUUACGACGUCUUCAAAUUCGGCAUUCAGAAGUGUCAGGAAGCCAUCAACAACGCAAUUGGAGCUUAUGCGCCGUUUGAAUUAACUGAGCCUAAUACAUCCGAAAAGAUUAUAUCGACAAAACCAUCCACCGACAUCUUUAAUCAAUCAUCCGAUCUAACAGUAAAUAAGAAAUUAGAUAAAAAAUACGAAAAUAUAUCUAGACUAACAUUAGAAAAAUCUGACGAAGAUCGCAAAUAUCUAAAUGCAUUACUAUCGAGCAAAGAAUUAUUAAUAAAUAAAACAAGUUAUAAAAAUAUCUGCCGCAUUAAAAGUAUUAUCAAAGAUACUUUAAAAUAUCUCAAGACUAGAGAAGAAUUCUGGACGAAACAACAACCGAUUUAUUCUCGAGAAACAGGAGGAGGAACGUUAAGAACAUUCGAAUCGAAAAGAACCGAAUAUUUCAUUCCAAAGAAAAAGAAAUUCGAGACAAAAAAAAUGAUAAGGGAAGACAUGAUAAACCUGCUGAAAGAAAUCGAUAAAAGUUUGAAUCGGGGUUGCUAUCGUGUUACGUUGAAUAAAUGUAAAGAAGUAUUGAAAGCAUUUAACACUUAUUACGGACGAAAACUGGAGAAUAAAAACGAGAUUACCGCGGCAGUAUUUAGUCAAAUGGGAAUCGCUCAUUUAGAAUUACAGAAUUUUAGCGCCGCUAUAAGUUGCUUUCAAAAAGAUCUGAAUAUCGUUUCGGAGAGCAAUCUUACUUAUGCAAAAUCCAUUGCUUUAGAAAAUUUAGGAAGAGCGUACGCAGCAUCGAAGGAUUAUAAUAAUGCUAUCGAAACAUGGAAACAAAAAAUACCUUUAUGUAAAGAGAAAAUAGAAGAAACUUGGUUGUACCAUGAAAUAGGUAGAGCCUACAUUGAACUUGGACAAUAUGUACAAGCUAUUGAAUUCGGUAAAAAAGCCAUGGGAUGUGCUGGACAGUGCUAUAAUUCAGACUGGAAAUUGAAUUGCACAGCAUUAGUGGCACAAGCUUAUAUUUACGCAAAAAAUAUCGAAGAAGGAAUUAAAUAUUUUAAAAUAGCUUUAUCGUAUGCUAAACUUUCAUCAAAUUAUGAAAACGUAAAAGCAAUUACCGAAAUGCUUUACAAAUUGAAAUUAUACAAUAAUAAAAUUACGGAUUCUCAACAAUUAGAAUCAUCGAAAUUUUUAGAAUCUUUUGAAUUUCAACCGGAAGAAAAUUGGAAAGAAGAAUCUUGGGCAUCCGACGUUAAUGCAUUGCAUAAUCAAGAGAAAAAACAAACUGAUGUUACUGAAGAUUCAAUAUCAGAAAUUACCGAAGACAGUGAAAGAAAAAAAGAAAUGACAAGUUCAAUUGAAUGUAAAGAUUCAAAUAAAUUUUUACAAUCGGACGAUAACGUUGAUCCACAAGAAAUAAAAUAUUCCACACCCAUCAAAGAUGCUCCUGAAGUUCUUCACAAUUCUUCUGAAAUGCAAUCGAAAUUUCAAAAUAAUUCGUUCUUUCAGUCAGAAUCUUCAAAGGAACAAGAGGAGAUGGCUGAGCUUUCGGAUGAUGAAAAGAAUAAAAUAAAAAGCGAUAAUUCUAGGACAUUCAAAGGAUAAGAUUUCUUCAGAAAACAAGAUAUAAUAUUUUCAAAAUUUCAGUAUUAAUUUUGUUUAAUAAAGUUAUACAAAUGUUAUUAAAUUUUAGUCAAGUUAAUAGAAUAAAUUAUCUGUUAUA